AUGUCAGAAGAAUAAGCAUAAGAAUAAAAUCAAACUAUAUAGGAAGUACAAUAGGAGCAAUCACAAUAGCCUUAAAUUGAAGUACAUAAUCAAUAAGUUAAAGAGGAGGUUCAAUAAAAAGAAGAGAUUCAAGAAAAGUAGGAGAAGCAGGAAUAAGUUGUUUAGUAAAUCAAAUAAGAGAUAGAAGUCAAGGAUGAUAAUCAAUAAUAACAAGAAGCUAUUUAAUAAGCAGAAACCAUCACUUAAAAGGAACCUGAAUAAGAAAUUGCUUAAGAUGAAAAAAAAGUUGAAGGCGAUUAAGCAAAAGAGUAGGAAGAUAGAUAAUAGUUAGCUGAAAAAAAUCCAGAAACAAUGUCAUCAAAUUUGGAGAAUUUAUUCUUAAAAGCAGAUUAUAGUUUUCCAAUCGAAAUAAAAGUAAGUGAUCCUGUUUAAAAGAGUGGAGGUAUUUCAAACUAUGUAGUUUACACAAUCAAGGGAAAAGAUUGCUUUGGAGAAUUCGAAGCAUAAAGAAGAUUCAAUGAAUUCUACACAAUCAGAGAACUACUCUUAGCCAAAUGGCCUGGAUAAUAUAUACCUCCAAUUCCUGAGAAAUCUGUCAGUACUGGAUCAGACAUCAUUAUUGAAAGGACAAGACUGCUUAAUAUAUUUUGUAUGAAGAUGAUGUAGAUUAAACAUCUCUAUUAUUCAGAAGAAUUUUAUGAUAUCUUUUUAAGGUCAACAAAUCCUGAUAUAAACAAACAAAUAAGUUAGAUACCUAAAUAAAAUGUGUUUGCAUACACUGAGAGAUAUAAGCAAGCAUUUUAGAUCACUGAUAUAAAGGAAAUCUCUCCUGAGAUGAUUAAGAAGAUGAGUGGAGUCUAAAUCUUUUUAAAAUAAUCGUCAACUUCUUUGGCCAAAUUGCUAGAACAAGCUAAGAAUUUAAGUUCCAGUCGAAAAUAAUUGAAGGAAACAUUUUUCACAAUUUUUGGACUUAACUUCUCUGAAUAUGAGAAAUAAAUACUUCAGGAAUGGGUACCACAAAAUAAAAUGGUAUUUUCUAAUCCUGCCAAUGCUGAUAUUUUAGAACUUGCUAAAAAGAUUAGAGAUCCAAAUAACAAUUCUCUUGACAAAAUAUAGGAUUUAAUUUCAACAGAACAAAGAGAUAUUGAUGCAUUUAUUUAGGCAUUCCAAACUAGAGAUUCUUUGAUGCAAUCAAAAUAAAAGGCAGAAUAGAAGUUAAGUGAAGAAUAAUCAGAUUUAUACAAAAUUAUGAAAGGCAAUUCGACUAUGAAAGGUUCCUUUAGUAAAAUAAGUCUGGAGGAAUAAAAGUAAAAAUUAGAACUUCAAUUAAAUGAGACUCAAAAAGAGGUUGAUUAGUACAAGUUAUUAUUUUAAUUGGUUACAGAUGUUUUGACCUCUUAUACUAUUGAUAAAUUUAAAAAAGACAAGCAUUAGACUUAUAAAUCGAUUUUGGCUGAUUUAGCCUCAUGUGAAUAGCAACAGUUGGAGAUCCAAUAGGAAUUUUGGUCGAAAGUGUAAUAGGUUAUAGCGUAAAGUUAAGAACCUUGAAUAUUAUUUUCAUAAAAAGAAAUGUGUUA